UUGGUUGCGAUCCGCCGAUACAAAUUUAAAGAAGAAUAAGAUGUCUCUGAGACUGACUGGGGUCACAUGCAAGAAUUAGCUAGGUACGUGAAGACAACAUCAAUAAAGCUGGAUUUUGACAACAAGUUAUCUCGUAACUAACAGGACUUGCUGAGAAGAACCCACAUCCUUCACCAUGUUCCUUACCAUGGCCCUGCUGAGGAAAGGCAUCUCUGGCAAGCAGUGGAUCGGGAAGUACCGCCGGCCGCGUGCCAUCACCUGGCAGAUGAAACGCAACAUGCUGGUGCACCUGGAGCGCGAGGCGGAGAACGAGUACUGGAUCUCCCGGCCGUACAUGACCACAGAGCAGGAGAGAGGACACGCCGCUGAGCGCCGAGCACAGAACUGGCUCAAAAUUAAGGAGACCAAGUUUCAAAAGUUUCCAGAACAUAAGUAUGUUGCAGAUCAUCUAAGUCACCUCAACACGACCAAGACAUGGUCAAGUUAAUGAGGAGGAAGCAUUGACUUUGUGUGGGGAGAUGGAGAGGGGGCAUGCAUGUUAACUGCCAUUUGACUCCUGUGUGUCUUAAUGUAUGUAAUGUGUAUGAACUAUGGAGUGUUGGUAAUUAUAUCUUUAUAAAGCAAGCUCAUAUUUAAAAACAACCAGUGAUUUGCUUUAUAAUAUAUGUCAAACGGUAUUGUGCAUACAUUAGUGAGUCUCAUAGACUCUUAACCCCUCUGGGACCCCCAGAUGUAGGCCUGGACCUCUGCCUCUCAAACACAUGUCUGAAGCGUCUCAUUAACGAGUUGUCCCACCGCAAAGCUAUACCGUAUAUCACCGGCAGAUGGCGCUAGAAGUUUGAAUGAGUAACCACCAGUUUUGGGGUACCACCAGUCAGGCGCGUUCUAGCAAGCGCAGAGGAGAGUUCCCCAGAUGCGAGUCGCGACGAGCUGUAAGCGCUUCAUUCGACUUCGCAAACGCUUGCUCAACGGGGUGCGCAGCCAUCGACUGCGAGAAGUCUUUGUAGCAGUAGCAGCUAGACGAUCCCUUUACCUAAAGCUCACUUUCUCAGUACAGAUAAAAGGGACCAUGAAGACAGCCAUCUGGAGUUAUCGUUUUGCGGAUAGUAUCCAGCCCCACCGAUCGCUCCCACACACGGACGACUGAAUGACGAGCGAGGAUGGCUGGAGGAAGGAGAGGACUUGUAGCCCCUCAAAACACUUUUUUAGAAAAUAUUGUCAGACGAUCUAACGGUAAGGAUCUUGCUCACAUGAGAUGCGCUAUGCCUAUGAUAAUUCACUUGAGUAUGGAGUAGCCCACCAAAAAACAUGUUGGGGUGUUAAAUCAUCGAUGAAGCCUACCCUUUGGCAUGUUAAAACGCAUAAUGGCGAGGGUCGAGAAACUGGGAGAUCUUUCUCCAUUAACAUCGUCUUGACUUCAGACUAAUCAUAAAACAGAAUAAAACCAUUUCCAUCUCCUUCGAAUCAUUUGUAGCCAAUUUCCAAUCGUCAAUGUUUAAUAAAGUUUGUAUGGUAGUCUGAACUUAUUAAUUGAAAGACAUGGAUAGGUUACCACUAGGCUAUUUGUCUGGCACAUCUCUCUUGUUUACAGUCAGGCUUGGGCACAUCCCAUUCACAGAAAGUCGCAUCCUAUUUUAUCUCAUGUGCGCAUGGAAUCAGAAGUGACACACAAUUUGGGAAAUUAUGCAGUUUAAAGGUAGCCUCGGGUGUUUCUCGCUAGUCGCCUCAUAAUGAAGUAAAGAUAAAAUACCUCGAAUACAUUUUAUUUCUUAUACUUAAUAAAUUAGAAUAAUGUAUUACUACAUUGCACUUUAAAGUUUGGCCUGUCGGUUCAUUGUGAUUUUGCAAAGUUACACAAAACUACUUUUAGUUCAAAAGCUCAAAGAACAUGUGUAAGGCAAUAUGUCCAGGUGAAAUGUUGGUUGUGAAAUAGUAUUAAAAAAUCACUCAAAUAAAACAACAGUUUGUAUGAAAUACAUUUGUCACUGUCACUUUAACAAUUUUUCUUUUUAACUUUUCAGUAUGGACAUUAUCACAUAGACAGACAGGUAUAAACAAACCAUGUUUUGGAGUGCUGCUCAUGUUUUUCCCCCUAAUCUCACUCUCUAUUAACCUUUUGUACUGUGUUUGUUGUUCUGUACCAAUUGCUGUUAAUUUACAAAGUAAAUUAAUUUAAGUCUAAAAUCCUGGCCUGGGGGUAGAUGCCUAUACCCCCCCCCCCGUUCUCUUUUCAUUAACAUCAUUAACUUCUAUUCAUUUGGGUUCACAGACACUACCCAGCUAAAGUUUAGGAAAAUGUUCUGUGUUAGCUGGGUAGUAACUGUUUGUUACUGGUCAUUUAAUUCCUAGGACACUUGUUCUUCGUUGGGACAUAGAUGAAUGAUGCUUAGCUACCCAUCAGUGAUGGCAUCCUACUGUUGUUUUGAAAACCAUUGUAAAAUAACAAAUGUUGGCAUGGAACGUUCUACUUCAUAGUACUGUGUUUGUGUCAGUAAUGUUACUGGUUGUCUUCAUUUAGCUUGGUGAAUGUAGUUUGGUAGGAUAGUGUGUGUAGUUUGUAUUUUCUAUUGUUGGGUAGCACAUGUAGUUUGUGUUUUGUUCCCAUUCCAUGUUGAUGACGAGUGACAUUUUGACACCACAGAUGGAACAUACUUUAUUAUUUAGUACUCUACUGCUGCUGUAGCAAGCAUGUCUUUCAUAAUGCCAGGUUGACUUUAUGUACUUGCAGAUUCAAUCAUGCUUUUCUUCUAACAACAAUGUGAACAACAUAUUGUGUGUGCAAUAGUGGGAGCUGGAACCAACCACUGUGCAAUAGUGGGAGGAACCAAAUUAUAAAAAAUAAAUCAAAUCUAUUUUCUGUG